UUUUGAAAAAGCAGAGUGUUUCUUUCCUACUUGGCUCAUACCUAAAGGCAAUUAUUUGCUUAGAAAUGAAGUCCAUUGGCUUGAAGAGUGUCAAGGCAUGUACGUCAAAGAGCUCUGUACGCCUAGAAGGUCAGCCAUGCUCCUUAGGCCAGACUAGAAGGAAGGUCAAGCUUAUGGAUGAGCGGUCAUAUACUCUUUCGAUUGGCAAUGGAGACUACUUUUGGACAAGUAAAGAUACCUUGUGGAAUUAUGUGCAGAGUCUGUCUGAUCAGGGAGCAGAGAAACAUGAAGGGACGGGCCCGUCCACGGGGAUCACUGAUCAAGAGAAGGAGCUGUCCUCCAGCGCCUUCCAGGAGUUCACAUCUGGAAAUUAUGAUGCCUGUCUACAACAUCUUUCCUGUCUACAAGAUAUAAACAAAGAUGAUUAUAAAAUCAUUUUGAAUACAGCAGUAGCCGAGUUUUUUAAAAGUAACCAGACAACAACAGAUAAUUUGAGACAGACACUUAACCAGCUGAAGAAUCAGGUCCACUCAGCUGUCGAAGAGAUGGAUGGGUUAGACGAUGUGGAAAACAGCAUGCUGUAUUAUAACCAGGCAGUCAUUCUUUAUCAUUUGCGGCAGUACACAGAAGCAAUAUCAGUUGGUGAGAAGCUUUAUCAGUUUAUAGAACCUUUUGAAGAAAAAUUUGCCCAAGCAGUGUGUUUCCUGCUGGUAGACCUGUAUAUAUUAACCUACCAAGCCGAGAAAGCCUUGCAUCUCCUUGCUGUCUUAGAAAAGAUGAUUUCACAGGGCAGCAACAACAAAAAUGGAAAGAAUGAGACCGGUAAUAAUUCCAACAAAGAGGCAUCUAACCACAAAGCUGAAAGUGGAGCUCUGAUAGAAGCUGCCAAGUCAAAGAUACACCAGUACAAAGUACGAGCUUACAUCCAGAUGAAGUCCCUGAAAGCAUGCAAAAGAGAAAUCAAGUCAGUUAUGAACACAGCGGGAAAUUCUGCACCCUCUCUGUUCCUUAAAAGCAAUUUUGAAUACUUAAGGGGUAAUUAUCGAAAAGCAGUGAAACUGUUAAAUAGUUCAAACAUCGCCGAGCAUCCAGGAUUCAUGAAAACAGGUGAAUGCUUGAGGUGCAUGUUCUGGAACAAUCUUGGUUGCAUCCACUUUGCCAUGAGCAAGCACAAUCUGGGAAUUUUCUACUUCAAAAAGGCUCUGCAGGAAAACGACAGCGUCUGCGCACAGCUCAGCGCAGGUAGCACUGAUCAAGGCAGAAAGUUCUCCGGAAGACCCAUGUGUACGUUACUGACCAACAAGCGCUACGAGCUGCUGUACAACUGCGGGAUCCAGCUGCUGCACAUCGGGAGGCCUCUCGCUGCCUUCGAGUGUCUGAUCGAAGCUGUGCAGGUCUACCACGCCAAUCCCCGCCUCUGGCUGAGGCUGGCUGAGUGCUGCAUCGCCGCCAAUAAAGGGACUUCUGAACAAGAAACCAAAGGACUUCCAAGCAAAAAAGGAAUUGUACAGUCUAUUGUCGGUCAAGGCUAUCAUCGCAAGAUAGUUCUGGCCUCGCAGUCCAUACAGAAUACUGUUUAUAAUGAUGGGCAGUCCUCAGCCAUUCCUGUAGCCAGCAUGGAGUUUGCGGCCAUUUGUCUCAGAAACGCAUUGUUACUGUUACCCGAAGAACAGCAAGAUCCAAAGCAGGAAAAUGGGUCUAAAAAUAACAAUCACCUCGGUGGGAACACCGAGAGCAGCGAAAGCAGCGAAACGUGCAGCAGUAAAAGCCAUGAUGGAGAUAAAUUCAUUCCAGCUCCACCUUCUUCUCCCCUGAGAAAACAGGAAUUAGAAAACUUAAAGUGCUCCAUUCUCGCUUGCAGUGCAUAUGUGGCUCUGGCUUUGGGUGAUAACCUCAUGGCUUUGAAUCACGCAGAUAAACUUCUUCAGCAGCCCAAGCUGUCAGGAUCUCUGAAGUUUUUGGGCCACUUAUACGCCGCAGAAGCGCUCAUCUCCCUCGACAGAAUAUCUGAUGCCAUUACUCACUUGAACCCGGAGAACGUCACCGAUGUCUCCUUAGGGAUCUCUUCAAAUGAGCAGGACCAAGGAUCAGACAAAGGAGAAAACGAGGCCAUGGAAUCCUCCGGGAAGCGAGCCCCUCAGUGCUACCCCAGUUCCGUCACCUCGGCCAGGACCGUCAUGCUGUUCAACCUGGGCAGUGCCUACUGCCUCAGGAGCGAGUACGACAAAGCCCGGAAAUGUCUCCACCAGGCUGCUUCAAUGAUUCACCCUAAAGAGGUGCCCCCCGAGGCCAUCUUGCUGGCGGUCUACCUUGAACUGCAGAAUGGGAAUACCCAGCUGGCCUUACAGAUCAUCAAAAGGAACCAGCUGCUCCCCGCGGUGAAAACACACUCGGAAAUGAGGAAGAAGCCGGUGUUCCAGCCUGUCCACCCGAUCCAGCCCAUCCAGAUGCCGGCCUUCAGCUCCGUGCAGAGAAAGUGACGCUUCGCUUUGAGAGAACGCGUUACCAGAGGCGCAGAGGAGUACUGGCUGGCCUUCCUAGUGGCAUCGCAGUAAACGGAACGGAAAGGCAGAUGAGAGGUGCUCAUGCGAGGACACGAUUUCCAGACAGUCUCACUGAAGAGCCUGACUUGUUGUUUUUUGUGUUUUUUUUUUUUUUGCCAGAAGCUUCCUUAAAAUUAAGGAUUCACGAAGUCGUUCUCAGCCGUUUUCUUUUCAUCUCUGCCAGACUAUUAAAUUUUGAGCCGCUGCGUGAUGCCACAGGCAAUUAAACCACGGUCUUAGCA